AUGCCAGGACCAAGGCCUGUCGUUCUGAGUGGCCCAUCUGGGGCAGGGAAAAGCACUCUGCUCAAGAGGCUGAUGGAGGAAUAUGAGGGAGUGUUCGGAUUCAGUGUCUCCCAUACAACCAGGAAUCCGCGUCCUGGUGAAGAGGAUGGGAAAGAUUACCACUUCACCACCCAGGAGAAGAUGCAGGAGGGCAUAGAUAGUGGAAAAUUUAUCGAGAACGCAGUGUUUUCAGGAAACAUGUAUGGCACCAGUAAAUCGGCCAUAGAGGAUGUUCAGGCCCAGAACCUGAUCUGCAUUCUCGACGUCGACCUUCAAGGGGUGAAAAAUAUCAAGCAGACGGACUUGAACCCCAUCUACAUCUCCAUCCAGCCUCCAUCCAUGGAGAUCCUGGAGCAGCGUCUAAGAGGCAGGCAGACAGAGACAGAGGAAAGUCUACAGAAACGUCUGGAAGCGGCCCGUAUUGACAUGGAGCUCAGUAAGGAACCAGGCAUCUUCGACAUUGUUAUCAUUAAUGAUGAUCAGGACGUAGCUUACGAGAAGCUUAAAAGUGCUCUUAUUGAGGAAAUUCAGAAGGUUCAGGAUGCUAAAAAGUAA